AUGCAUAUCAGAACGUCAUUUGGAAUCUAUGCAAAUGUACAUCUACUCAAAAUCAAAAAGAAGGGCGGAUUACUUGUAACGGAUGUUGGAUAUAAAAUAGCAAUAUUGGAGAUUGUCAACAGUAAUCUCAUUAACCUUUCCCAAGACGCAUUCAAAAAUAUAGACCCAGAAUCAAUAGACCUCACUUACAAUCAUAUCAGUGUUAUAAAUGUCAACGCAUUUCGUUCAGUCCAGGAUAAAUUAAGAGAGUUAAAUCUCAACCAUAACCAGCUAAAGUCUAUACCAACCGAAGCCUUAACUCAUCUAAAGCAAUUGAAUUAUCUUUCACUCCAAAAUAACUUCAUAUCAGAAAUUAAACCUUCAAGUUUCGACGACACAGAACUACAGAAACUGCGAUACUUACAUGUCGACAACAAUCAAAUAGAACACUUAGCUAAAGGGUCAUUAAGUAGCUUACCACUGCACGUGCUGACCAUUUCCAACAAUAGAAUAGAAAUUAUAGAAAAACUUGCCCUACCAAAAGGCUUAUGGUAUUUGGACUUAAAGAACAAUGCGCUUAAACAGAUACCGUAUCUCGCAUUGGAAGGUACCACAGGGCUACAGACACUGGAUUUGGAAGGUAAUAAUAUUACAAAAAUCACAGCGAGUGCUGAUGCAGAAUUCAACAGCCCCAUCAAUCUUCUGUUAAAAAACAAUAAAAUUGAAACGCUAGGCAACAACGCUUUCCAAAGUUUCCGCAAAUUAAGAAAACUAGACGUCAGCUACAAUCAGAUUUCUCGACUUUCUGGAGGUGCAUUCAAUUCCAUCAUUGAGUUAAAACAGCUGGACCUCAGUAAUAACAAAAUUGCUUCUAUACCUAAUAAGACUUUCGAAAACAUUGGUAAAUCCCUACAAAUACUGAAUCUAGAAGACAACUAUUUACAUGUUCUUCCAACAGCGAUAGAAGAUCUACAAACCCUUGAGGCAAUAAAUCUCAAUAACAAUAAGCUAAUCACAAUCGAUAGCGAUGUCUGGAAAAAUUUGAAGCCGGCCUUAACAGAACUAUUACUUGCAUAUAAUCGCUUGGAUAGAAUACCGACCAAAACACUGAAUGAAAUGAAAAAACUACAAAAUCUGGACCUUUCAAAAAAUAAAAUUAGCGCAAUAAAACAAAUAUCUUUUGGAGGUUCCAGUGGAGCGAGCGCAACGUUGAAGAAAGUCAACCUGGCAGGAAACUUACUACAAAGAAUCACUGAUCCUGCCUCUUUUUCUCGCAUGAAUUCUUUACUACAGCUAGAUCUAUCAUAUAACCAGCUAAACACACUAAACGACAACGGAAAUCGGAUUGAACGCUUCCCUAAACAAGCCUUAAAUGGACUGGAUAAGCUGCAUACUCUAGUACUCAAUGGAAAUCCGAUUGAAAAAUUGCCAGACUACUUUUUAGAAAACUUAAGAAACUUGAAGCAACUCAGCAUCAGUAAGAUGAAGCUGAAAGAACUAAAUGAAAAAACAUUUCACGAAUCUACUACAACCCAGAUAAAAACCUUGAACAUAGCCUUCAACCAAAUAGCUCAUCUGCCUCAAAACGUUUUCCGCAACUUAUAUCGAGUUGAAAUUUUAUUCCUUCAUAACAAUCGUCUUUCGUCACUCAGCUCCAAAGCAUUUUCCUCGUUAAAUAACCUACGUCAUCUGAGCUUAGCAAAUAACCAGAUUGCUAAAAUUGAGGAAAGAGCUUUGGAUAAACUUUAUGCUCUAGAAGAACUGUCACUGGCAAACAAUAAGCUAACAACUUUGCCAAGACAAUCAUUUUCUGAUCUACAAAGUUUGCGGUAUCUUGAUUUGAGCAACAAUUUACUACGUUACUUCGAUUUCAGUUUCUUACAACAAACAGAUCUCCUGAUUGAACGACUUGAUCUUUCUAACAAUCAAAUAGAAAUAAUUGAUUUAACAAACAUUAAACGCACUUUAACCCAUUUGAAUCUGGCUAGCAAUCAAUUUCAAACAAUUGGAAAAGGACUAAUACAUGGUUUUGACAAGCUACAAUUUCUCGAUCUUAGCAACAACGGUGUUUUUGAAAUCCAACAAGAUGCGUUCGCAAAAAGCCCCCAACUUCGGGUUCUAAAAUUGGGACAAAACCAUCUACGACAGCUGAAUAAAAAUACAUUUGCCUUACAGGAAAGGCUUGACGUCUUGAAGUUAGAAGACAACGAAAUUAGUUUCAUAGAAAAAGGAACUUUUGGUGCAAACAAUGUUCAUAUUCUGGAUAUCUCAAAAAACAAGUUAGAAGUGGUACCGCGACCAGCACUCGCAUCAAUAAGCAGCAGCAUUUCUGUACUUAAUUUAGAACACAAUAAACUGAAGACAAUCGAUGCAAUUAGUUUUCUUGGUAUGAUAAACUUGAAGACACUAUGCCUUGCGUUUAAUCGCAUUGAAGUUAUUGAAGAAAGUGCUUUUUCAACUCUGGAAAGUCUAAUGGAAUUAGACCUUAGCAAUAACCCUGUGCUCUCUUGGAAUCCUCAAGCGUUUAAGAUUGAAAGCUUGUCCAUAUGUCACAUGCCUGCUCUUUAUCACUUACCACAACCGAGUGAAUUUCGACGUCUAAAUUCGCUACGUCACCUACAGCUAUUUGAUACCCCUAAACUUGUCAAUUACCGUAUUCCUGAAAUACUGUCUAACCUACCUGCUCUACAAAUGUUGGACAUAGAAAUUCAAGAAACGCGUUUGGACAGACAGUUCGACAAGACAGAUUUAAGACUAUUGAGAAGUCUAACUAUCAGAGGGAAAAAUCUUAAACAGCUAGACAUAAGUGCUUUUAUACGUCUUAGAGGCUUGAAAUUUCAUCUAACUAUAACAGAUGCUUCAAUCGAAGAAAUACCCGCAACAAUAUUCAAUGGCUUGACGAAUAUCAAUCAACUUUCUUUGUCUAUUGUCAACAGCCAGCUUAAAAGCCUUAAAAUUUUCGAAAAAACGGAAAUUCCAUUUGUUAAUCAACAUGGAACUAUCCUAGAACACUUAGAUGUUCAGGUAAAACCUUAG